AGGUGCACCAAUUACUUCCGGAAAUGUUUCUAUGUAUGUGAACUGUUUGGUGUGUAAGUUAGAGGUUUACUUUAAAAUGUAUGUGAAAUGACGUGUUUGGAAAUUAUUUUGGGUUUACAGGAUAUGUAGUAAACAUUAAAUCAUACGCGUCGAAUCUUGUGGUGUUUUACAUUUAUGCUUUGACUUUAACCCGUUACGUAAGAAGAUUAAUUACACGUGUGGUUCCGGUUGAUGAGUCUGUCUUGCCAGCUGCAACGCAAGCUACUCACUGUACUGAAUAUCUCAGACAAGUUUCAAAGAAAAACAAGCUUGGCACACAACAUAAAGGAUGUCAAGACCACGAUCUCGAUCACCGAGGCACAAGUACCGGUCAGUUUCAUCAUCUUAUGAAAGGAGUGAAGAACGACUCAACGACAGGCCUUUCGUCGACCGCAGCGAUGAUUUGGGGGAGUACAAGAAGGGCCCUGAAAAACAAGCAAGAUGGAGCGGACCGAAGGAUGAAGGCUAUGGACAGAACUCCUCAAGAAUGCCCCCCAACAAUUUCGCCUACAAAAAGAAAAUCAAUUUCAGACCUCCUAUCCUAGGUGGUAGGAAAACGAAUUCAGAAUCUUUCCGCGAUUCUCCCGGCCAACGGCAAAAUCCUUUUCCAGUAGACCUCCAAGGAUCCACCGCCCAACGAAGACGUACUUUCCCAGGAACUUUCCGUGGGCCCAUCACACAUAGGAGACCUCCAUCCCCAGUGCAUUUCCAUGGACCCACCACACACAGACCUCCAUCCCCAGAGCCUUUCCGUGGACCCACAACCCAAAGAAGAUACCCCUCUCCGGAACAAGAGAGGGUAAGGGGUCGCCCUGCUCCUCCUCCUGUGUACCCCUCUCCAGGACAAGAAAGAGACAGAGGCCGCCCCGCUCCUCCCAGGUACCCAGAAGAGGGGCCCCCGAGGGAGUAUGAGAGGAUACGCUUCCAGGAGCACAGACUGGCCAGGAGCAAGAGCCCAAGGAGAGAGAUCAAUAGAGGGAAGCCUUUCAGUCGCCCAGGACGGGGAGAAAACUGGCAGGAAGGGAAAGAUUUUGCACGGGAAGAGAGGUAUUCAGUCUCUCCUCCUCGAAGAGGCUUUGAAGAGUAUCACAGAAGGAGCCCCUAUGAAGAGAGGAACAGGAACCAAGCUGUUCAGCCUGGGUAUCCUGCGGAACGAGGUUUCAGAAAGCACAGCCGCUCGGCAGAAAGAGCUCGAGAUAUGGAACGCUACGAGGAACGGGAUCCGCGCAGGAGUCCCAAAUGGAAACAGGACCGCUCCUACGCUCCCUAUCCCAAAGAGGGACCCAGACAACACCCCAGGCAGGGGGCAGGUUGUCCAGUUGACAGAGGACACUACCAAGAGGACAAGCCACCAGCGUUGCAGAUGGCAUUUGAGUACAGCCACAAACAUUCAAGAGGGGUACUGCCACAAACUCACGAGAAGCCCGAAAGCAGAGAAAAGGAAAGCCAGGUGGUAACCUCCAAGAGUAAAGAGGAGAAUCUCUUCAGAGGAGGGAUGAAGACGAGACCGCUGUUUGACAGACGACCGAAGCCGGCCCCCUUGAAUCAUGCAAGCAACACGAAGAAGCUCUUCAAGAACCCUUCCAAGAUUGAGAAAGAUGAGGACCUUAGAUCCCCGAUUGCCAAGCAGAGAAGACCGAACAAACUGAGAAGCAAUUCAGAUUCUUCUCGGAUGCAGCCAGGAAAAUCCAUGGAAGACAGUAGCCUGAAAAGAGCAGAGUUCAAGCAAUCGGGUCCACAGAAGCCCUACAUACCAGACAACAGCAGAGGGGAGACGCUGACUAUCAAAGUGGACAUGAAGCGACCAAUGACCAAGUACAGCCUCACCUGCCAUUCCGAUAGGCAGCUGUCCCAGGAUUUGGUUGCUGUCGGCCAAAGAGGUUUGGCCUUCCAUCCCGCGGCGAAGCACUCUGGCUCUUCCGAACGAAUGGUCCGUAACUCCCAAACAGGUGAUUUUGCCCAGGAAAUCAUCACUUUAGUACACCAAGACUCUUACUUUAUGGGUGGAAAUGUAACUUUAAACGACCGCUUCUCAAAACUUCAGGACUCCCGUACUGUGAUUCCAGGUGGAGCGAGAUUUCAUCCGGGUCUAAAAAUUUCCAGACAAAUUGAUAUACCUCUGUCAGAGAUGAAGAAGUUAAAACCGAACAAGAAGACUGGACCUUCACAGCAGGUCAGCGUUCAUCCCAGAAGUUUAUCUAUAAAACCUCCCUUUGUUCGGAAGAGACCAUUCGAGGACAAGACUGAAAACGGCAAACCCAUAAAAAAGCCUUUCAAGGCUAACUUUCCACUCCAACCGCCGGUGCAGCAGAAACCUGUGUUUCUCAGGAGCAUACAGUCCAAGUACAGGAAUUUACAAAGCAUUCGCCAAAAGGGACCUACCUUCAGAGGCACCGGGUAUAGAAGAUGAAGAGAAACAGACUUCUUGAAGAUGAAAACAACACUACUGAAAGUCUGAAGGGGCCCCAGUAGCACAUUUCUGUGAAGGCGCAUUAAUGGAAAGAGGCUAUUUAACUUUGCUGUCUGGACUGUUAUUUGUUUUUUGUUUUAAUUGUAUUCAUGUUUUUGUUCUGUACUAUUACGGCCUGAAGGAUGUCUUUCCUCUUCUGAUCACAUUGUUUUAACGUCCACAUAAUGAAACGGCCAGCUUGCCUUCCCUCCAUUGUGGUGAUUUUUCAUUUUCCAGACCUCCCCACACUCUUGGGGGAGGCAGGGAGUGGGGGAGGCACUCAGAGGUGAUAUCAGUGUUAGCAAGAGUCUAUUGUAGUGUCGAUCCGAGCCAAAACAGAAUGUAAAUAAGAACAUUUAUACAGCAGUAAUGCUAAAAGAAACAGUGAUCAGGGAAGUCGAUAUUUCUUCAGAACAAAAAAAAGUUUAUCAUAUGUUUGAGAUUUUAUUUAGUAUGACUAAAUAUUUUAUGACCUGAGUGUUAUAGAUGAAAUAAGAACUGCCAAUAAAGAGAUUUCUUUACAAAAA